UGGGGACUGUUCCUCACAAAUUUGCACCACGUUCAUUGUUAUAAGCUCUCAAGGAUUUGAUGAUAAUUUCAAUUUUAUCCACAUCUUCUUCUUCAUUGUCCCUUUCAGUACAAUUAAUUUUGAAUUUUUUAUUUUUUUAUCUCUAAAACUCACCACCAUCAAUCAUCUUACAUUUAUUGUCACGAUAUAUAGCCUUAAACAUUGAGCUCAGGAGCAGGUGGGUCAUUGAGUGCGAAAGCUCAAACAAAACAAGGAUAAAGGAUGGUGAGCGAGCCACUGUUUGACCAGCAACAGCAGCAAGGAGAAACUUCUUCUUCCUCUUCUCAUCAUUCUUCUUCCCCUACAUCUCUCAUCAGAUGUUUGUAUAUUGGCCACUUUUUGGCAAGAUGGGACGCCAGAAUGUGGGAAUUCUCAGUUGGUCUGUAUAUGAUCACUCUGUGGCCAGAAUCCUUAAUCCUUGCUGCUAUUUAUGGAGCUAUUGAAUCUGCCUCUACUGCAUUUUUUGGCCCUUUCGUCGGACAAUGGGUGGAAAGGUUGACAUAUGUUAAGGUUCUCAGAAUCUGGUUGGUGACCCAGAAUCUUUCCUUUAUGAUUGCUGGAUGCACAAUAAUUGCAUUAAUAGUCUUUUCAACCUUGAAAACAACAAAUUUCACAGCAUUUAUCUUUCUUGUGAUAUUAACCAACAUCUCUGGAGCAGUUGGUGUGCUUGCCACUCUUGCUGGUACCAUCCUAAUAGAAAGAGAAUGGGUCGUGGUGAUAUCAGAAGGCCAUCCUCAAAGUGUACUAACAAAUAUGAAUUCAAUCAUCAGACGGAUUGAUUUAACCUGCAAGCUUCUUGCUCCAGUGGUCAGUGGCUUCAUAAUCAGCUUUGUAUCAGUUAAAGCCUCUGCUAUGACUUUAGCAGUUUGGAAUACUUUAGCAGUUUGGAUGGAAUAUUGGCUUUUUAUAUCUGUAUAUAAAGGGAUUCCAGCUUUGGGUGAGAGCAGCCAAAGGAAGGUUUUAAGAUCUUUACAUAGUGACCAUGAAGAGGGUGCAUCUCUUUCCAGCCAAAAAGUGAGCUUACUUUCUCAAAAUGAGGAAUCUUCAGCAAUGGAAGACAAAGGUUGGAGAAGGAACUUAAGUGAAUGGAUUUCCAAGGCCCCAUUUAUUGGUGCCUGGAGUGUCUAUUUGCAGCAAGAUGUGGUGCUUCCUGGAGUAGCUCUGGCUUUGUUAUAUUUCACAGUCCUCAGUUUCGGCACCUUGAUGACAGCAACCUUAGAAUGGGAAGGUAUACCUGCAGUAGUAAUUGGAAUAGCACGGGGGGUAAGUGCUUUGAUUGGAAUAGGUGCAACACUUGCAUAUCCAAUCUUGCAAUCUCACAUCCAUACUCUCAGAGCAGGACUCUGGUCAAUCUGGUCUCAGUGGAGCUGCCUCUUAUUAUGUGUUGCUUCAAUAUGGGUCCAAAAUAAUCUCUUCUCAGCUUACAUGCUGAUGGCUGGAGUGGCAACAUCUCGCCUUGGCUUGUGGAUGUUUGACCUAUCCGUCAUUCAACAAAUGCAGGAUCAUGUUCCUGAAUCUGAUCGUUGCGUUGUUGGGGGCGCUCAGAACUCUCUUCAGUCUACUCUGGACUUAUUGGGGUAUGUGAUGGGAAUAAUUAUCUCAAACCCGCAGGAUUUCUGGAAAUUGACUUUAAUGUCUUUUUCCACCGUGACAUUGGCGGGAUUACUUUACAGCAUACAUGUGUAUAGAGUAAGGAAGCACUUGUUCCAUUUUGAAAAGCUUUUUAUAUUGGUGAAGAAGAAGAAGAUGAUGACAACUAUAAGAUCUCCUGAAAAUGAAAAUGCGCACUCAGGUUCGAGUGCAUCACUCUGUUAAUUACUCGGAGAGAAGAAGCAUGUAGGACAAGCGUGGUUUCAGAAUCAUAAAUUUCAGGUGAAUCUCAUGUAAGAUAAUAUUGUAAUACUAUUUUUUAAAAAUAAUUUCUGAAUUUGCCUUUCAA